GGCGAGCAGAGAGCAGGAGGGAGAGUCGAAGAAAGAAAGGGCCAAAUAAUUCACUCGGUUUUUUUUUUUUUUUUAAGAAAUCAAAAGGCACGAGUAAAACUUUUUGUUUCUUUACUAGUUCACAGAAAACCCGUACUCCCAACAUACAGAGAUGACACUCCGCUCCAGACCAACAGCCUUUAUCAUAUACUGAGGAUUCUCGAAUAAUCGCUAUUUCUGUAAAAAAACAAAACAAAACAAAACAAAAAAAACCCAGUUUAUUUCUGGUCGGAUUUGGUGUUCUGUAUUCAUUCGUAAAAGCUGCGGAUUUUGACUGGAAUGCUGGAACCCUGCCUUUAGAAUCAAUGAGGAGAUGCUCCAGGACAAGGUCCUGGCUGUGACAGAGGAAGGCUUCACAGCAGCCCAGUCGGCGGGGCACUCGGAGCCCAUCGCGGAGCCCUCCCAGCUGGGUGUGGCAGAAGGGGGUCGCGCCGCGCCUCGGGGGAAUGACACUGACCAGAAUAUAGAGAACAUCAAGGUGUGUCUUCAUGAGAAGGAGCUGUGGAAGAAGUUCCACGAGGCUGGAACGGAAAUGAUCAUCACGAAGGCGGGCAGGAGAAUGUUCCCUAGUUACAGGAUCAAAGUGACAGGAAUGAACCCGAAGACCAAGUACAUUCUUCUGAUUGACAUUGUACCUGCCGAUGACCACCGAUACAAAUUCUGCGAUAACAAAUGGAUGGUUGCUGGCAAGGCUGAGCCUGCCAUGCCCGGCCGGCUGUAUGUCCACCCAGACUCCCCAGCUACGGGAGCACACUGGAUGCGGCAGCUUGUCUCCUUCCAGAAGCUCAAGCUCACCAACAAUCACCUUGACCCCUUCGGCCACAUCAUUCUCAAUUCCAUGCACAAGUACCAGCCGAGACUCCAUAUCGUGAAGGCUGACGAGAACAAUGGCUUUGGUUCCAAGAACACGGCGUUCUGCACUCAUGUGUUCCAUGAAACGAGCUUCAUUUCCGUAACGUCCUAUCAGAAUCACAAGAUUACCCAGCUGAAGAUUGAGAACAACCCCUUCGCCAAAGGGUUCCGGGGCAGUGAGGAGAGCGAUCUGCGAGCUUCCUGUCUGCAGAGUAAGGAACACCCUGUGAUCUCCAAGAGCGUGGGCCGGCAGAGGCUGGUUUCUGCUCACGGCCAGCUGGCUGGUAGAAUGGGAGGCAGUGGCGCGCUGUCCGUCACUCAUCAAACCCUGCAGCAGCACUAUCAGUACAAGAGCAGCACUCACAUGCAGUUCAGUGCUUCAGACCCCCAGGAGCGGCCCUUCACUUCCCUGGCUGUACCCCGGGACUCAGGCCUGCUCUACCACUGCUUCACACGGAGAGACAACAGCCGGCACUUGGAUCUGGCUUGCAAACACCCAUAUAUAGAAGCCCCCUCCUCUGUCCCUGAAGAGCACCACCUCCGCUCAGCCCCCUCCUACGAGCAGCCGCUGAUAAUCCCCCCAUACUGCGGCGAGGCGGUGGGCUCACAGGAAGCUUGCAUGUACUCCAGCUCCGAGGGGGAGGAUCCCCCCCCUCCACCCUCUCUCAACAGCAACAUGUGGACGUCCGUCUCCCCCUACAGCAGCUACAGCAUGCAGAGCAUGGAGACUGUCUCUUAUCAGCCGUUCCCAGCUCACUUCAGCACAGCUGCAGCCAUGAUGCCCCGGCUCCCCGCCUGCAUCGCAGGGCAGCGCUCGCAGCCAGCCGACACUCACCUGAGUGCUUACAACCCGCCUGCACCGGGAAUCGCUUCUCCCUCCAGAGAGCGAGCCGCCCCCUUUAUGUACGACAGCAAGCCGGGCUCGCCCCAUUCGAGCGGCUGCGCCAGUGACUUUCCAGCGUACUCUUCCAGAGAGUCCUCCUCCUUCCAGUACCAGCUGGGACUGAACAGCAGUGCAGGAAACUGGACAGAGCUAAUCCCCGGUUCUGCUGAGUAGCCUUAGCCUGUCCACUGUCUGUACAGAACCCAACAGCGGCACCAACACGCCAGUGGCUCCUGCAAACCACCUUGUGCAUCAAUUUUUGUCACCUCGCCUCUCGUGAUGAUUUGCAUUCGCUCCUGCUGUUUUUAAAAAAAUGAAAAAUUACAUUGUAAUGCAGUGGAGUGUCAUUUGUGAUUCAGGGGACACACUGAAGAUGAACCAUGCGUGUGUGUAUAUCUAUAUAUAGUAAAUAUGGACUGGAGAGGAGGGUCAUAAUGGAAAAUUAUUGCACCGAGGGAACACUAUUGUUACAGACAGGGGGCUAUAAUGCCCGAAGCCGCAGGCCAAGGGCAUUGCACCCUGGAGGUAACUUUAGUCUUCCGGAGGGGCAUUUCAUUUUCCAUUAUGAGCCGAGUGUGCAGGACGUAUUUAAUAUAUUAAUCAGUCAUGAAAAUAAGUGAGGCAAGGUUGGAUAGUAAAUACGGCUUUAUAUAUUUUGUUUAACUAUAACUGAUACAGCAGAAGUAAAUAAAGAAAUAACAGCAAAUGUUUUUGAAGUUCACACGGUAUAGUUAUCAAAGUCUUUUUCAGGAUCCAGCUCUCCGUCCGCUGCACAAUACUCUCUUAGCAGUGCGUUUAGAUCCUGGCCGUCAUAUUUGUUUCCAUCGUCAAGCUGAAUUUGUCUGGAUUUCAGAAAGUCAGAAAACAGUGACCGUGACGUUUGAAUCACCGCUUUAGCAUCUGAAGAAUCUUUCCUUUGCAGUACAUUUUGUAAUUAAUGUUCUGUUAAGUCACAGGCUUUUCAGCAGUUCUUUCAUUUUCAGCUAUUGUCUCUUGCUGUAAGGAGUGCAGGGGAAAGGGUGGCGUGUUCCUCUGAAAAGGGGCGGGACUGACAGUGAUGUGAUCCAAUCACGUGUCAGAGGGAGGCUAUUGUCCUGUGGUGUAGGGAUGUCAGGGCAAUAGCUUAAAUCUAUUUUUUGUUCCUAUGAUGAGGUUUUAACCAAUCACAGGCCAGAAUUUCCAAGCACAAAACAUCUCGUUUUCAAUCAUUCGACAACGCCCACAAGUCAUGGUUUUUAGGCACUUAACAAAUUUAUCUGUGAAGAUUUGCAAUCAUCUUCCACCAAUGGGAGCACCAACCAAGUGAAUGAGAUGAAUAAUCAGCAAGAGAAAAAAAAACGCAUACACCAUUGAAACACCUUUUCCUUAAAAUUAUUAGAAUUAU